AAAAUGGCGGAUGCCGACAUCGAUUUGUAUGCCGAUGCCGACCUGGACAACGAGUUCAGUGGCGCGUAUGACGACGGUCUCGAAAAUGUAGACCUCUACGACGAUGUCAUCGCCCCGGUGGGUUCAGGCGCGACCAAAGAGCCCCUUCUGAAGGAGAAAAAAAAUGGAGACGCCAAUCCUCCUUUGCAACACAGGGAUAGCGGGCGUCGGGUCGCUACUUAUAUCGGCAAUCUCACAUGGUGGACCACCGAUCAAGACAUCACCGACAUUAUACAGCGAGUUGGCGUCCAAGAUAUGCUGGACGUGAAAUUUUUCGAAAAUCGAUCCAAUGGACAAAGUAAAGGAUUCUGCCUUGUUACUCUCGGAUCAGACGCUUCCUUCAAGAUGCUCAUGGAGCGACUGCCCAAAGAAGAUCUCUACGGCCAGAGUCCCGUUGUCACUCCCUGCACCAGGGCCAGCCUGAAUCAGUUCGAGGCUGCAUCGAGGAAACCGGGUGAAGGACCUCCGCGGGAUUCGGGUGCCAUCGACGGUGAUUCCCGGGGCAUUCGAGACCGCGUCGAUCGAGGGGGCGGCUUCCGGGAGGAUCGGGGAUUCGGUAGAGACAGCGGCUAUCGCGAUGGCUCAGCUUUCAGAGACGGCCCCGGAUUCCGAGACGGAGCGGGCUUCAGAGACGGAGGAGGUUAUAGGGACGGAGGCUUCAGAGACGAUCGGCGAGACAUUUACCGAGACCCCGGCGGCUUCAGAGGCCGCGAUGGCCGUCGCGGUCGAGGAGAUCGAGGUGGACGCGGAGGCGGAUUACCUCGGCACGAUCCGGGAGUGCAUUGGGAAGGCCCUGGUCGAGCGGGACCACCGCCGAUGAGUUUCCCACCACCGAUGAAUGGACCUCCCCCAAAUGUAGGUGGACCACCACCCCCGACUUUCCAAGGUCCUCCGCCCGGUGCGCCCCCCAUGAUGCAUCGGAUGCCACCACCGCCAGGACCAGGGGCUCCCCCGUACGGGCUGCCUCCCCCCGGUAUGCCGCCACCGAUGAAUCAACCGCCACCGGGAAUGCCGCCCGGUAUGCCUCCAGUCUCGAAUCGUCCCCCUCCCCCUCUCCCGGGCUUACCGAACGCUCACCUCAAUCCAGCAUUUUUCCCCGGACCUCCACCAUACGGAGGGGAAUACCAGCCCAGUGAAAUUCCGCCAAUGAGCGACGUCGAAUUCGAAGACAUUAUGGCACGUCAUAGAACAAUAAGUUCUUCUGCGAUCUCAAGAGCCGUGAGCGAAACAGCAGCCGGGAACUACCCUGCGGCCAUAGAGAGUCUCGUGACCGCCAUCUCAAUGAUUAAAUCGUCGAAAGUCGCUAAAGACGAACGCUGCAAAAUUCUUGUGGCAAGUCUCCAGGAUACCCUGCACGGUAUCGAAUCAAAGAGUUAUGGGUCAUCAUCGCGAGCCGAAAAACGGCGUUCACGAUCUCCAAUAAGAGAUCGCGAGAGAGAUCGUCGCGACCGAAGAGACACCAGAAGAAGAGAGCGGUCUCGUUCCAGAGACAGGGAUUACGAUAGAGAGUACCGUGAUAGCGGGUCUCGUGGAACCAGUGAACGAGAACGCGACAGAUCAAGAGAACGAGAGCGUUAUCAUGAUGAUCGAUAUUCUUCAUCCAGUUCCCACAGGGAGCGAGACUACAGAGAUCGCGAUGAUGACCGCGGUUACCGUGACGAACGUAGUGGUGGCGGUAGGGACGACAGGGAAGAGAGGAGCUACCGAGAAAAAGAAAGAAGACAUGACGACCGGAGGUAGAUGAUCGAGUCUCCACAAGCACCACCGCGAGCGACGUUGAGGAUGUUUCCAUCAACAGAUUCGGAAUCGAUCGUCAAGAAAUCUAUGACCAAAAGCCAACGGCUCACGGGGAAAAAAACGAAUAAGUCACCGUAUUCUAUCCCUUAUUCGUCUGCUCUGAUCGUCCUCGACAAAGAUUCUGCUGGACGUCUGCCACUCAGUCAGCGAGCACGUCCCACUCGCAUAUCUCGUGGAGGGGGACAUUUUCAUUUCCAGCUUUUCGCGCAAUCUUUUCCCGCUACACAACGUCGUCGAAUCGGAAACAACUCCAUCGGAAGUUCAGUACGAAUCAGUUCAACUCAUGGAUGCCAUAUUCUACACUUAAAGCCAAUCAUUCAUUCAUGCAGCCAACCAACCCA